AUGCCCGAGUGUCCCAUUUGCUUGGGCAAUGUCGACGACCCCUGUGUUGCUCCGUGCAGUCAUGUGUACUGUUGUCACUGCAUUGUGCAAGUCCUACUAAGUCGGCCCCCUGAAUGGGCCGGCAGCUGUCCUCUCUGUCGCACACACAUUAGUGUGUACAACCUGCGAAACAAUGGACAGUUGCUGGUUGAGCCGGAAGUCCAGAACUUGUGGGGCUGCGUGUUCGUGCAAUAUGGCAAGCUAGGCCUAGCGAGCUACCACUUCAACUCCUUGGAGGACUGCUACAUUUCCUACGAUGCGGCACCUGAGACGUGGCGUUUGGAUGACGGCUGUCGGCCUCCUUCCAAAAAGCCCUGGGAGGAGGUGAGCUAUGACCCCGAGACUCGGAUAUUUCGAGGAGUCAUCCGAUGGGAUCCUCCCUUUCGCGGCAACAGCAAGUGGGUCUACCGGAUGGAAUUCUCUGAGGACUUCGCAGGCAUCACAGGCGGCGAGGUGGUUUGUUCCGUUGGCUCUGAAGCGACGACGCAGAGCUAUUUGGCUCCCUGGAUCCACGACUGGGAGAGGCACCUGUCGUAUCUUCGAUGGACGCCGCCACCCGCGACGAUGUUUGGGUCGGUUUUUGUGCAAGGAACUUCGUACUCCUCAGUGCUGGAGGGGGUGGCCAGCUAUCACUUCGACAGCCCGGAGCGGUGUUACAUUUCCUACGCCAACGCCCCGGAGAGUUGGCUCCUGGACGAUGGCUCCAAGCCUCCAAGGCAGAAAAACUUUGAGCUGAUGUCUUAUGAGCCCAGUUCCCGCACCUUCAAAGGAACCAUCAGAUGGCCACAAGGCUUCGAUGGGGCAGUGCGAUGGGUCUACACGAUUGUCUUCUCUGAGGAUUUUGAACAGAUCUCUGAUGGGAAGGUGCAGCCCUAUGGAUCCCGGGGCUGGCCAAUGGCAGGGCAGCACUUUGGGAAUCCAAGCGGUCCAUUGCAGCUCUCAGCAUCUGUGAUGUAUUACGUCCGGAAACCAUCAGCCCUGGCAGCAAGUGCUCGAAUACAGCAGCGCUUCCUUGCUUCUCACAAUGUGGAGAAUGAAACCAACGAGCCAGAUGCGGUGGAGGGAUCAGGGCCGGGAAAUCCAACAGACAUUGUAACGCGUCCAGAAACUCAGGGAGCUUGUGCGAUGCAAUGA